GCCCAUCAACGUUAAGAUGGCUGAACACACGGUGAUGCUAGAGUUGGAGCAAGCCUCCUUAAUUUUUAUGGCACCUCCUGAUCUUGUUACCAGAGAACAAAGACAAGCAGCUCAGGAUAUUAUUUUAAAUUUCCGUAAAACACUUAUGCCUUAUGCCCUGUGCCAGUAUAUAUUAGAACACAGCAAAAAUGAUUAUGCCUUGUUCCAAGCAGCCACCACUAUUAAAGAAGCCAUCAUUAAAGACUGGGCCCUCUUGGGGCCUGAUGCUGUAGAAGCGUUAAGAUCAUUCCUUUUAAGAUAUAUCACCAAUCACAUCACUUUACAGAGCUAUGUCAGAGAACAGAUUUUACAGACAGUGGCUGUGAUUUUAAAAAGAGCUACUCUGGAUAAGAAGGGCAAGAGUUGUGAUGGUCUGUUUGAGGAUGUCACUGCGCUUAUCAGUAGUGGAAACAUUACAAUGCAACUAGUUGCUUGUUCUAUGCUGACUUCUUUGCUAAAUGAAUAUUCCUACACAAACAGAACAAGUACUGUGGGCUUGACAUGGGAGUUUCAUAUGAAGUGUAAACGGGCAUUUGAGCAAUCUGAUCUGAAACGUGUCUUUAUGUUUACUUUGAAAGUCUUGAAUGAAAUUGAGGUUCAGCCUAGUCCAUUAAGCAGAGAGGCCACUGCAUUUUUGAAUCGCAUUUUGUCUAUCGCUGAACAAGUGUUGAGUUGGGAAUUCACGACACGAGGAGGAAGUAUCAAUCACGCAUAUUCUUCCAAUCCUAAUGCUUCUCUGAAACCACCAUCAGGCUGGAGGGAUAUUCUCUUAGAUAAAAAUACUUUGUCAUUGUUUUUCAGGAUUCAUCAGAAGGCCAGAUUCAACAAUGAAAUGGCCCAUCAUUCUCUCCAGUGCCUUGUUCAACUUGCAUCUCUCAAUGGAGUCAUCUUCACUGAAGAAACUUGCCAACAAUAUCUGGCCCAGUAUAUUGAUGGAUUUUUACAAAUGCUUUCACAGAUAGAACUCCAAGAGUAUGAAAACUUUGGGGUGGCUUGUAUCUUCAAAAACUUGCUUCUGGUGUUCACCAUUCAACAUAUCAACAGCCUGGAUGUCAUCUUGUUUAAAUCUUUCAUCCAAACCCUCACAACACUCACGUGUAACAUUGGGCGACUCGCUGCUCAAGAAGAGUCUAUGCACAAAGAUAACACAAUCUACAUGGAGUCUUAUGAGAAGCUUCUAGAAUCCUGGACACGUCUUACCAUAGAAGUGAACUCUCUACCUCCUGGAUGCCUUGUGGUGCCCGCCACUCAGAUUUUCAAUUCUUACAUGCAGUGUCAUUUAGCUCCACCUGAUGGCACGCGUCCAGUUAAUGCAGACAAUUCUGAGGAGGAUAUAGAUGAAUUAGAGGAAGAUGAUAGAUACAAAUUUUCUGAUCAGUUGUGGAGUAUUGGAUCUCUUGGGCGUAUUGUUCCAGAACAUUCUGUUCCAUUGUUAUCAAAAAUCCUUGAAGACAGAGUUUCACAGAUCAGUAGCCACCUUCACCGCCUCCAGCAGCACAGGGAAAUGGUCAGUAGUCAUGAGACCACUGUGGACAUAAGUGGACUUCAUUCAUUACAAGAAGAUAUCCAUUGGUCCAUUCUAGUUGCAGGUAAUUUGUUGGCAGAUGGUGAUGAUGGAGAAACACCCUCCAUUCCAUCCAGCAUCAUGAAGUAUUCCAUUAGUCAGUCAAAAUAUAUUGACCUCAACUUGACCCUCAAGAUUCUUUCAUCUCCUGGACACAAACUGGAUCCUGCACAUGAGAUGAAUGUAGAUCCAGUCAUUAGGCUUAUAGCAGCCAUCUUUCGCAUGUGUGAAGUAGAGAACCAGGCAAUAGAGGCCAAACUGAAUGAAUUCUUGAGUCCUCAAGUCAGUAGCACCAUCAUGUGGUACCUGGAGAGAUGGAGUGAUGCUUACCUUCUACAUGAUGAGAUGGAGUACACAGAGAUGAGUUUAGCCCUCGCUGCAUCAUUUGGAAUGGACACAGAUGGCGUCAAGUGGACGGUGAAUUUUAUUCUACAAAAAAUUGUGGCCACAUUAUCUGUGUGGGGAUCUGAACCUCAACUUAUUAGUGACACGCUGGAGCUGCUUAUAGACAUGGCUGAGCAACGGUCAAGGGCUGUAUAUGUCUCCCAGUCAGAAGUACUUUGGAAACUAGCCACCUUAGAAUCCAAUCAAGAACAUCCAGUAUCCACAUUAUCUCCACUGGCCAGAAGACAAUUUAUGAAAGCCAUGAUUCUAGCUGGAUGUGGAAUCAAAGACUCAAAUAGAGAGGAACAGUAUUGGAAACUGCUUCUUCGGUCUAAUCAUGAGCGAUUCUUAAUGUUAGUGGAGUCUCCAGAUUACAUAGCUGGUAAAGAGUUAAGCCGGCAACAGUUUUUGUAUCAUCUGGAAACCCUUAUAGGAGUGGCCACAGCGACCCAAAAUACUAUAGCUAAAGAAAUGUUUCAGUUUAUGGCUCCACUGCUAAAUCAUGUGAUCAAAGCUGUAGACAUUCAUCACAACUAUGAAGAUAUCAUAACUACCAGUUUUGAACUGUUUUCUGAAGUUGUUUCAAAAAUGUUGCCAUAUCUUAAAACUGCUGAUUCCAAUACUUUGUAUCAAUUGUGUUUAUCUGCCAUACAGACAUAUGCAAGACAUAACUUAGGUCGACAAUGUAUUAGUGCUGAUGAUGAGCAAGAGACCAAGUUUAAAGACAUCAUUUUAAUUAUGGAGAUGUUGACCAAUCUCAUGUCUAAAGACAUGCUGAAUUUUAAAAAAGAUGACCAAGAAACUAUCGGAGAUCAUUGCAUAGAUGGGGCAACAGUUGUUGUGUAUGGCCUUGAACUCAUUGUGCCGCUGAUGAGUGCAGAAAUGUUGAAGUUCCCAGUCCUGUGCAGCUGUUACUUCCAGCUUAUCUCCUACCUGGCUGACUUGUACUCUGAGAAAUUUUGUCAACUUCCACAUCAGCUUUUCAACAGUAUCAUGGCUUCCAUAGAAUUGGGCUUCAAUUGCUAUGCUAAAGAAACUGUAGAACACUGCUUUCAAACCAUUAACAAUCUUGCGGAAUACUUCCUCAAAAUCUCUUUAGCUUCUUUGAAUCCUCAGGUCCAACCAAAUUUACAGUCAACACUGGGACACUUCCUGAAGGUUCUGUUCAAAAUGCUUAUCUUGGAUAACUUUGAUCUCCAGUUACAGGAAGUGGGUUCCACCACAUUGUUUUGCUUGAUUUGCUGUAAUCAGGACCUGUACAAAGAUCUGGUGAACCAGUUGAUACAAGUGCAGCCAGAAGAGUAUAAGAAUCGCCUUCUGCAAGCCUUCAAUGAGCUGACACCCCCAACUUUGCAGCUCAGUGUUACUCGCCCCAAUAAGAUAACCUUCAGAACAAACUUUGAUGUCUUUCUCAACAACGUCCGGGGAUUUCUAUGUGUUAGAUAGCACCUGUGUUCCGACAUCUUGUGAUUGUGUGCUAGCAAUAAGAAAGGCCAGCUAAUUCUCAGCAUUUUCUGUUUGUUUUGGUGUGUUGCUGUCACACUUUCUUUGUUCACACUGGAUCUUGUUAUCUACAGCCACUGUUUGUUGGACCAACAGGGUCACCAUGUUGAAGUUAGGCUUGUGUUCACUUGUAGAAACAGAAAUCCAAAUCAGGGGACAUUCACUUUAUUGUUUCACGAAAAUGUUUGCUUGAAAGAGACUCUACUGGUAUGUGGCUGUGCAUGUUCAUGGUGUUUUUUUUUUUUCCAAUUAAAAAAAUGUUAGUAAAAAUGGUGACUUGUGAAUUCUGGACUGUGUUCCUAAGCCCAACAUUGAACUCUCUAUCAGUGAUAGGUAGGCUAUUAAAACUUUUUUUUUUUUUUUUUUUUUUGUUAGUUUGUCAGGGACCAGGACUUGUUGAACUUGCGAGGAUAGUCUUUGAAAACAAUUAUUCUAGAUUGUAAUAUAGCCAAAUGAGCUGUAGAAGUUAGUGUCUCAGUGCCUGCGUUAUUCUUAAGGAAAUUCAACAGCAGCAAAUGUAGAAUGCAGUCUUGAAUGAGUGUUGUUUUCUUCUCUCUACUUGGAACUUAAUUAUACAUAUCAUUCCAGGAUGUUCUCUUCAAAUGUACCAUUGCACUUUUGAACCCUGGGUUUUGUUGAGGAAAACUCAUCCAAUGAAUGUUUAGCAGCUUGUAGUGUUAAAGAAAUUGUGUACAAGAAUGCUGGGUUUAUAUCAGAGCAGUAUCUUGAUUUGAAGUUAUGAAAGACAUGAACUAAUUAGAAAGGAAUAAAAUAAUCAGAAGAAAGAAUGCUGGGUUUAUGUCAGAGCAGUAUCUUGAUUUGAAGUUAUGAAAGACAUGAACUAAUUAGAAAGGAAUAAAAUAAUCAGAAGAAAGAAUGCUGGGUUUAUGUCAGAGCAGUAUCUUGAUUUGAACUGUGAAUAUGUAUGGAGGAAAGUUUGAACCAACACAGAAUAAACUUGUAUUUCACUAUAAAUAAUAAUGAUCUGUUCAAAAAAAGCUAUUUAUAUCAUUCAAAGCACGCAGCCACACUAUAUUAAUGUUGGUAAUGUGUAAGCAUUUAAUGGCGCAAUUUUCAUCCAUGUUUGAUCAGAUAUAAAACAUUUAUGAAAAAUACUGAAGCACAAUUAACACUGUCUUUUUACAAAAUGUAAAGAUCAUUAUUUAGGCUAGAUCUGCCCUUGAACAUCAAUAAUCUUUUUUUUUUUUUUUUAACUGCUCUGUAAUAAACAUGGUAUGGAUACAACAGAGAAGAUUUAAAUAAUGUAAAUGAGAAAGGUCGAUGAGAUAUGUAAACAAAUUGAUAUGAAACAACCUGAAAUCAUUAACUCUUUCUCUCCGUAAUUAUUUCCCACAUUCUGGUGGAAUCAGCGCUGGUAUCGUCAGUUAGGAGAGAAAGAGUUAAUAUAAAAACAACCACAAGAUAGUAAUUUCAAAACAAAUGGACAGUUUGAACAUUUCAUUCAGUAUUGCUAUUAUGUAAACAUUGUUUGAUCAUAAGAAAAGACUUUUAAAUGGUUUUAUGUUGCUAAUGUAAUGGAAGCUAAGUAUUAAUGGUAAGCUUAACCUCAAUUAUGUUUUCUUUGAAUUAGAUCAAGUAUAGAAUUAAUUGUGUUUUCUCUAAAUUAGAUCAAGUACCGGUACCCUGUAUAGAAUUAUGUUUUUUCUGAAUUAGACACAAGAAGUAUAGAUUUUUUUUUUUUCAUAUUUUUUCUCUGGAGUGAGACUGAUAUUUCAUUGAUUUUUUAAUUGUAUCUAUAUUUGUUCCUACCGUUUGGUAGCAAUGCUUGACAUAUCAUUAAGUUUAUUGCCUGAGUGUGCGGAUGUGAUGUGUAGGUCCCCCAAGUAAUCUCACUUUUUCUAUUGACAAUGCUCAGCACAUUUCUCACACGUGUGUUUGUGUGUGCACUCAUGUGUGGUCUGUGUGUAGACUAUAAUCUCACUGAUUUUGUUAACAGCACAUCUGUUUGCUUGUGCCAAAGAGCUCAACGGUAUAUUAAUGGCUUUGUCAUUUUAGAUUACUGAUAUUACUUUGUUUUUUUCUCAGGACCAUUUGUUAUAGAAGGCCUCAACCCAGACCUACAACGUCGCAACCUGUGGGCAGUGGAGACCAAUACCUCGUUGCCAGAUCACAAAUCUGUACAACGUGGCAACACGCUAUUGGUCUCCACUACCCACAGGUUGCAACAUUGCAAGUCAAGUGUUCAGGCCUUGUAUGUUGAUUGGUCUUGGUUUUUCUUUAAAUUUCUACAACUAUUUUUUUCUACAGGAUUUAUGUCAUUGUCAUGUAUUGGCAAGUCAUAAAAAGAGUUGCUAAAUUUUUUUAAAAUAAAAGUGGUAUACUACUAAUAAUUCGCCUUUUCCAAAAAAAAACAACAACAAAUAUAUGAGCUAAUGUGAUAUAGCGUAUAAUGGAUUCAUUCGUCUAUAUAUUUGAUUUCUUAUUAUUUUAUUGUUAGAAGUUUACAAAAUUUUGUGAGAUUUGUUUUUAUAUGGAUACUACAAAACAAUAUUUGUUAUUUAAGAAAAGGGCAAUGCUUGAACGUGAGGCUAAAACAGUUUUCAACUGUUUUCAACAUCAUUGUUUUUUAUUUUCAAAGUACAACAGGAUUGAAAACAUUUGGCAUGUAGUUCAUUAGCUAAGAUGUCUUCUAUUCUCAGGGAUAAGCUAGUAGUGACCUCAGCCAACAAAACGUUAGGUGAAUGCAGCUUUAUUGUUCAGUAAACUAGCCAUUGAGUAGACAUGACUGGUGUAGAAUGUUUCUUUACUUCCAUUUCCUUUUCAUCACUUGACAAGCACAAAUCUCUCCCCCCCCCCCCCCCCCGGCGCGAAAAAAUCUUGUUUGCCCUUUGACCUUUGUUGGGUUGUUCCAUGUACUUUCGAGUGUACAUGUACAGGUUUGACAAAAGGUUUAAUGUGGAGUCUGUAAACUUCAUGCGUACACUUGUUUUGUUUCAAAUGUACUAUGCUUCUGAAAUAUUGUUUGUCCACUUUUGGUAGCUAAUCAUACCGUUGUUUUCUGCAUUCAUUUUUUUAGAUACCGGUAGCCAGUUAACACAUUUUGUUGUCUUCAUUAGUUUAUCCCAAACUUAUUUGUUUAGACAUUGCUGUCCCCCGUGCCUUUUGAAACAAUUAUUGACUAAACUUAUGAAAAAUUUAGAUUAAGGAUUGUUAAUUUCAGUUUAAUCUGGUUUAUUUAUUUUUUUAUUUUUUUUUUUUAGUUUGAAUUUGUACAAAUUGUGUCAUUUAUUUUUGAACCUGCAUUUUGAUCUUAAAAGUAAUAAGUUAUAUAAUAAUAUAAUAAUAUGUACUAAGUGGACAUGGUCCACACUGUCAGCUCUUGUGUACAUUGAUUGCUGUGAGGUACAACUCUCAUAGCUGUUGUUUGUUUUUGACUAUAUACAAGAUUAUAUCAGGUAUUAAAAAAAUGAAUGAUUCUAAUCUAUCAAUACACUUUGCAGAAAUUUGAUGAAAAA